AUGGCUCAACCUUCAACCCCCGGACAGUCAAUCUUCGGCGGGCCUACCCCUGUCGCCGCGACAACGCAGGCGGCGGCAUUCGGGGCCGACAACUCAACGGCCUCGAAUUCGCUGCAACCGACGCCGACGCCGCCCUCGGCCGCUUCGUCCAACAAUACCUAUAUUAUGCCAAAUUCCCCUGCGAAGGGUCGCAGCGUUGCCGAUGGAUACCGGCCCAAAGUCACCCGCACGCUAGGCCAGAGACCCGCUUGUCUAGUCAAUGCUUCAGUGACGUAUUGCGGAAAUAAUCAGAUAUACGCUUUUGGAGGUUUCGACCAGUAUACUGACGAAGUUUACAACCAUGUGUUGAGGCUGGACCUCGUCAGCCAUCAAUGGAGCCUGGUCGACAAUUACGGUGAUAUUCCAGGGGUGAGAAUGGGACAUACUGCGACCUUGUACCAAGGCAACAAACUCCUAGUCUUCGGCGGCGAGAACGAACAUCGAACCUACCUGUCCGACCUCAUCGUAUUCGACCUCAAAACUGCACACUGGACUCAGCCACUCGUUUCAGGCCCGAUACCCAAAGGCAGAGCAAGACAUGCUGCUGUUCUGCACGAAGAUAAACUAUUCAUUAUCGGCGGCAUAACAGGUCAGAACAACUACGUGUUGGACGAUAUCUGCUACCUCGAUCUGAAAACGUUCACGUGGUCCAAAUCAUGGCGCUUCGUCGGCAGAUUCGAUCACUCGGCAUACAUCUGGGGCGAUCGUGUCUGGGUAUUUGGAGGCCUUAGUGAGGACAUGGACAAGAUUAGCGAUCUGUGGUGGUUGGACUUGAAAGGAAGUCCGCAGUUUGAUUCUCGACCCCAGAUCGGUAUCUUCGACCGGGGCUCGUCAGCUCGUGCUAGCAACUCUCCGCGACCUCCGUACACCAUGCCACAAGCUCCUGUCGUUGGCGCCUCUGGCUACGCCGCCAACUCUCGGACAGCACAAGUCAACCCGCCUUCACACCAACUGAAGACCUAUGCGCCUCUAGCCCCGGGAUCUAUAUCUGCUCUCAAGUUUAUGUCCGGCCCAUCGAUUCCAUCACAGGGUUCCGGUCUUCACUACCACGCAUACUCAUCCGGUACUCUACUCGAUUUCGUGACACCUGCUGCCACCCUCACAUCGAGAGAAUGCUCCCUCUCCGCAUUAGACCUAGGCACCCUUCGCUGGACGAAGCUUGCUGGGGGUAGGGAGAUCUUCAAAGCGGGCUACAGGUGGCAUUACUGCUGUAUGAACGAGGAUGGCACCAAGUCAUGGCUACUAGGAUGUCCAACAGACCCUGCUGCGACUGAUAUAGGGCCCAACGGCUAUGAGGAAUAUCUUAGUGAUAUCAUGGAAAUUGAUCUUAGAAGAUAUGGCUUUCUUGGCGACCAUUUGACGCCUGAGCCAAGGUCAGAGUCAAGACCAUCUGCGACCACUAGAGCUGUGGAUCAACCCUCUAAAGGAUUGGGAUCAGAUUUGGCCAAGCUUUUCAAUCAACCUCCUGAGACAGGUAGCGGUACUGACUUUAUCAUUACUGCACUGGCCGGCGACUAUGAAGAUGACGAAACUCUCACCUCCAGUAUGACUCGCAAUGACGAGUCUUCACUUACACAGAACCAGAGCUGGCUUUCGGCAGAUGCUCCAACCUCACAGCCUAUCCAUGUUCACAAACUCAUCUUACAGGCUCGUUGGCCUCACUUUGCUCGCCUUUACAAUGCCCAGAUGGCCGAGUUUCACACCAAGAAGAUGCAUAUUCCGGAGCCUUACAGUGUAGUCAAGGCCUUCCUCUACUAUCUCUACACAGAUAGCAUUCGUGGCACGUCAGACAACGACAGCGACGCUACCACGGCUCUUUCUGACGUAGCGGGUCUUCUCGUCAUGUCGAAUAUCUACAACAUCCCUCACCUCCGCCUGCUCUGCGUGAACCGUCUAGCCAAGGAGCUCGACGUCGACCAUGCUUGCAUCAUCUGGUAUUGUGCCGGACUCGCUAACGAAGAGUGGUUGCGCAAACGUGCCGCAGGAUUUUGCAUGAUUCACUGGGGUCGUGUCGUCCGCACUCAAGGCUUUGUUCGUCUGCCGCGCACCGCACUUGUCGAGCUUUCUCAAGAAGUUGACAUGGAGGGACGUGUCAUUGGCGGAGAAGAGCUUGAGUGGGGUGGCAUGCAUGACGGACAUGAUGCUACUCGUAAGGAGAGUAUUGGCAGCAACCAAACGCAGAUGAUCGAGGACGAUGAUGACGAAGGCAUGGAGAUGAACUGA